GGCUUCAGAGCUUACUGUUCUGCAGGAGCAACAAAUCCAAGCGCCAACUCGACUGUAGCAGUUGAGUUCACGUAUUUAUUUUAACGAUUCAUAAAUAGUAUUUUUUCACCAUCCGGGUGGCCAUUACCUGCUGUCUUCAUCAGACGUUAGCUAAAUGGAGCCGGAUUUGGCUGAGGGUAAAACCAUGCGCUCUCAUAAGCACGGCACAAGCGAUAGAUGGAUGCGUCUCACACCUGUGAUCAACAGCUGCAAGUUGCACCUCACGACUGUGAAAUCUCUCGUGCCAGCGAGGGCACAAGCGAUGACUGACUCUCAAGAUCAUCGUGUAAAAGAAACAUUUAACCAUUCUGACCUCGAAAACCAGAAAAGAGUUGUCCAGGCGCUAUUUGCAAGUGACAGAUGUCCACAGUCUUCUGCACAUAAUCACAAAGUUCCUCUCAGUGGAGCUGCACACGAAGCCAGAGACAAACCAAGGAGACUAACUCAGUGUGCGGGUGAAACUUACUGCCACAGUGCCUUAAAAAAUGCCAAGCCCACAGGUGGUUUUCCUGGAUCUAAUCACAAUGCUGUGCCCAGUUUCCCCUUUACUCAGUUGCCUUUCACGUCCAGUUUUCAACGAAUUGAUUUGGAAAGGCACUCUCUGGAGGAAUUCCCCCAGUUGGACUCUAUAAAAGAGCUGCAGCUUCUAAACCUUCAGCACAAUCUAAUUACAAGGAUCCAGCAUUUGCCACAUCUGCAGCAGCUGGUUUUGCUGAAUUUGCAUGAUAACCACAUCACUGACAUGACUGGCAUUGAAGUUUUGAGGUCUCUCAGGAUCCUCAUGCUGGGGAAGAACAGAAUCCAUAAAAUUUGCUGCCUGGAAAGCUUGUCCAAACUGAACAUCUUGGAUUUACAUGACAAUCAGAUCUGCAGGAUAGAAAAUGUGUCUCAUCUGAGCGAGUUAGGAGUGUUGAACCUGGCAGGAAACAGCAUCUCCAGAGUGGAAAACCUUCAGGGUCUGGACUCUUUGACUGAACUGAACCUGCGGCACAACUGCAUCUCUGUUAUGACUGGGGUGGACCGCCUGCCCUGCUUGCAGCGUCUCUUUCUCAGCUGCAACAACAUCACCAGUUUUGACCAGCUAGCCUGCCUUGGAGAGUUGUGCUCCCUUUCUGAACUCACCCUGGAUGGGAAUCCUGUAGCCCUGGAGACAUGGUACAAGCAGGCCGUCCUGCGCUGUGUGCUUCAUCUCAGACAGCUGGACAUGAAGCGCAUCACAGACGAGGAUCGGCGCAUGGCAGGUGUACAGGCUCGAAAAGAGGAGGAAAAAAAGAAGGAGAGUCACAAGCAAUCCGUUCAUAAGGAGAAGCGGCGUCUAGCAAUUCGUAAUGCAGCACAGCAGUGGGAGGGUGUCAGGGCCUGCCUGGAGCUCCCACCCACAAAUGGCGCUAAAGAAGAGGUCAGUCCAGAGGACAGCCCCGCUCACAGCCCCGCCCAGACCAAUGGCCUUACACAGGAGCCUUCUCCUGAUGAACCGAGGCGGGUAAGCCCAGGUUCAGGACCAGAGCGACCAAUGGGGGGAACAGAGAUCAGACUCCACACCAACAGCCGUCCAAACAGCCCACGAGACCCCAAGCUUGUGGAGGCAGGGAGCGGCAGUGUUCAAAGCUUGUCCUUGUCUGACAGCCACCUGGCGGAGCUGGAUGGAGACACCCUGCGUUUAUUUGGACUCGGAGCCCUGGAGGCCCUAGAGAGGGGCUGGGGUGUUCAGACUGCUGGUGCUGUCACUGUAAUAACCUUCCGCUACAUCAACUUUGACGCCAUUGUACCAACACUGCCACGAAUAAGAGUCAAGUUCCCAAAUCUAUCGCAUCUGAUCUUCCUGGAAACCAACAUUAGCCGUCUGCCACAGUUGGCGGCCCUGGCUCAAGUGAGGCGCCUAGAUCAGCUGACCAUCCACCCAGAAGGCAACCCAGUGGUCAGUUUGACUCUUUGGCGCUCCUUUGUCAUCUACCGCCUCUACCACUUCAACCUGCAGAGGAUCAAUGGCCAGGAGGUGACCAUGAAUGAUGUGAUCGCUGCAGAACGUGUGUUUGGGACACUGGGUCAUAUAGCAGCGACCGAAACUCCACGUUGCCGGCUCCUCCUGCUGCUCGAGGAGUCCAGGAAGAGGCAGCUGCAGUUCCUGUUGGAAGGGCGUGGCCGACGGGCAGGACUGAGUCCAGAGGAGCUGCGUGAUAAUGGGAAACUCCUGGGAGAAGGCCUGAGCAGAGCAUUGUUUAACUACCCAAGCAGAGACUGCAGUGCAGAGAGCCCUGAGGAGGGCAGUGUGGAGUCAUCAGAGCGUGCUGCUAUGCUAGAGCAAUACCUACAGGAGUUGGUCCAAAGUGCAUCAGACACCAACCUGAAGGGCGAAGCUUUACACAAGCUCUGGCCUUCCAUGUUUGCAGAGAUGGUGAGAGACUGUGUCUUGGAGAUGAGGGACCGAGCGACCUUCCGCCAGGCCAGCCUGGCAAAGCUCUCGGAGACCAAGUGAAAAGGACCAAAGGUUCACUGUUAGCACACAUGCACACGUGGACACAGCUUUCUUGGGCAUGUUCUUUGUUUCAUUUCAUGAUGGAUAACACAUAAUCACUCUAUCAGUUUUAAUGUAUUUGGAAACAGAAGGGUGGCUUUCCUUAGUCUGUUGGAGCUCAAGCUUUUGCUUGAGAUGUAUGUAGAAUAUUUUAUAGAUGUCUGAAGAAAUUGCCUGAAUGUAGAUUUUCAUUAAAAAAAAC